GCUCUUAAACAAGACACAACUCUUACUAUUCUACGCGCUACAACAAUCUAUAAGGUGUUAGAAAGAAUGCUAAGACAACAACGUGCUAGAACGCUCUUAAGACGCGAUUGUAAGGUCAACUUAAUAAAGCUGACAAGCACUGAAGAGGAGGUAAUUAUGCAGCAUAUUCUGAAGCUGGACGAGCGAGGAUACCUACCCCAGCUUACUAAUGUAGAGGAUAUGGCCAACUCUCUACUC